GGUUUACAUAUAAAAACGAAAAUGGAUGAUGAGAGAUUGGAAACAAACAUCUCCUUCUUCCUUCUCUAUCAUCUCUUCCCCAUUCAUCUCCUCCUUCUGAAAACCCUAAUUUUCUUCCUCUCAUCUCUAACCUCUGUCUUUGUCUUCUCUGUUUGAUCGAUGAUAAGGUAACUUCAAAAAGCCGCGUCAAUUCUCACCUUGUACCAACAGGAAAAAUAAGGUUUCAGGAUCGAUUUGGAUCUUGAUUUUAAUGAUCUGAUUGGUAUUGAUUCGGACAUAUUGGGGGGGUUUUAGCUGAUCGGACAGAGAUUUUGUGUAAUGGCGACAACAAAUGCUUGCGAUGCCGACACGCUUCUGCCUCCACGGAAGCGGUUACUCGCCGGAUUCAAGAAACAGAGCUCCAACGGAUCCUCUUCCACUUCAUAUUCAGACGGUUCCUCCUCUAUUUCGGCAGACGUGCAGACCUACCUCGACAAUCUUCUGUCUUCCCAGCUCAACGAUGACAACCACGGUCGCUCUCCCGAGGAGCUAGCUCAGGCCUCGAAAGCAACUGCUGCUUUAGCGGCUAAGAUCGCUAAGGCGGCGAGAGCCGCGGCUAACGAGAAAGCCUUUAUUGCUUCAAAGGCGGUAGCUGCAGCCAAGAGUGCGUUGGAGCUGUUCGCUUCGUUUCCCGCUGAGACUGUGAAGGAGAGGUCUCCAAGGAAGAACAAGCAGAAGAAACAUGUCCCCGUUCAUGUUCUGUAUUCAAAAGGUGUCGCGGAUGAGGAUUUAGCGCGUAGGCUGAAUCGAGCUAUAGACAAUUCUCCUAGAGUCUUGACUGGUCACAGAAACAAGAAGCAGAAGAGCGUAGCUAGUACUAUGUACGAUGGGCAUGAUGUUGCUGGUGUUGUGGAUUCAGACACAUCUACUGACGAUGAAAUAGACAGAACACGAGUGAACAAGAAGGUUCUCUUAUGCGAUGAUAGUGCGCUGAAGGAGAAAACAGGGGAAGGGAGUGGUAGCUCAUUGGGGAAAAGAAGAGGGAGAGUGAAGCUAAAGAAGUUGGCUUUGAGCAAGUGUGCCUCGAAGGAUCAAGAAAACGGAAUCAUCACCAAGUCUCCAUUAGCAGGAUCCGUUGACCCGCUGGCUCAGCAGGAAGGUUCUAAUGGUGGUGUGGGCCAGGUGAGAUCAUAGCCAGGACUAUCAUGGAAGUGUUAGGAUGUAAAAGUUACAGGAAUGUGUGAAACAGGAAGGAAUUUGUGCGUUCAUAUCAACUUUUUUACCUAAUAGGGGUAAGAGAGUGCAGAUCCAGCAGCAUUGCCAUUUCCAGUAGAAUCCUUGUGUUGUUACUUUUUUUUUAUUGUUCUGCUUUUUUGGGUAAUGUGUUUGAAUUUAUUUGUAUAUUUGGGAAUAAUAUUCUAGACAGGUAGAUUUUAUAUAUACGUUGUUUUUAACUGUUAAAUGCUGGUUGUUGAAUUA